CCACUCUUUUCCUUGUAAUGUGUGCCUUGGAGGUUGUCGAGUGGGCCUCUGCUUGAUCUUUGGAUGUUCCUAUUUCUUCUUCUCUUUCUUAUCUUCUUUUCUCCUUGUUUUCUCGCUCGGGAGGGGCCAUUGCAUUAUCUGCUGUCCAACUACAUCAUUAUUCCACUGGGGGCUCUGCGGCGUUGGUUUGAUUCAAGCAAAUGGGUCAUGAACAUGUUGCGUUGCGUUCCGUUUUGCCCUUUUCUGUGUUAAUAUUCCCCUCAAGUCUCGUCGUUCUUGCACUGUUUCUGUCAGUAGUAGCCAACAAUUACUCGGGGGUGGAAGGGAAGAAUACCCAGAUUGAAUCCACCAACUCGGAUAUGAUCUGGAAUUGAGCUAUUCAAAAGUCAAGUCAUCGGACCCUGGCUUUCUUGCGAGAAUCGAGAAAGAGGGGCAAACAAAAAGCCCCAGAAUUUCCCAGACCAGACGAACCUCAACCAUGGGAUUCUGCUCGUGCAAACUGUAUCUAAAGUAUUGUUAGUGUCGGAGGGUGGGACAAUCCAGCUCGAGUCCUGGGUCUCUAUAAUGUGGUUUCAGUAGUCGGUACGGAGACUCCGUUUCUUUGUUGCGGGCACAGUGAGCAAGCCCCUCUAUACUCGAUCCAGAUCGAGACAGUCGACCAUCGAUAUAAACACAACAACCCCACCAACAUCCGAGAAAAACCAUCUCCCGUAGGGCACGAGGAACACACUCAACUAGAGCGACAGGAGGAGGAUAAGCAAGAAGCAGAG